UUUUGUCUUUUUGGGUACACAGUACUACAGAAUUUAACUGUGCUGGCUAUUGCAAGUCCUGUAGAAUAUUUUCUAACUUGCAACCGUUUUUAUCCUGGUUCUUUUUUGUGGCAGCAGUGUUGUGAGGCGAAUCCCCAUGGAUGCGAUUGAUCCCUCCCUUGCUUUGGGAUUUUACUGUCGAGACCGAGAUGACUUCAUGGACCUCCAUCGGCAGCUCGCAGUGUUAGCCGAAGGAUCCGGUGGAGCUCCCCUCCUCACUGUCGGCAAACGAGUGAGCAAACCUGUGACGCCAGUGGAGAGACCUGUGUCGCUGGCGGCUGGCAAUGAUGAUGAAUGGACUUUGCUAUAGAAAGUAGUAGUCAUGAUGAUUAAAGCUAAAACUCUCUUAGAAAUGGUUUGUCCAGCUGCGAGCAUAUGAUGCAGGUCAGGUGUCUCUCACAUGUCAGUGGUGGUUCAGCUGCAAUCAUCGCUUGCAGCGUAUGCAGAUCGCUCUGCAGGGUGUGAAGCGAAUGAGGUCUGUCCACUGGCCGCUCAACGCUUGCUUCCGUGGAGUGGAAGCGAGGAACCGCAGUGUAUGCAGAGUCGCAGAUCGCUCUGCAGAGUGUGAAGCGGAGAAGGAUCACAGCAGAGUGUAAUAAAUGCUGGCUUGGGUGGGUGUGAUGGUGUGGAUGUCAGCACAUGACGAGCAGAAGCGGCCAGCGGGCAGUAGCACUCAGUAUUGUGCUCGCGGGGUGCACUGCUGUUUGUUUGCUGUCCUGCUUGAGAGCUGGUAAUGUCUGCCACCACCUUGAUGGCACCACUGCGCAAGCCCAGGGGCACUUGCGUCUGUGCCCUUUCGCUUGCUCUGAAUCUCUGAUCCAGUUCGUUGUUUUCUCUUCUUAUACUCGAUACUUUUCUGUCAUUAGUGCUUUUCUGUUUCUUCUUCCCUUUUCCCAGGUUCUUGUAGCCGUCCUGUCGGUUCUGUCAAUAAUAUGCAUGUCUCUUUCUUGUCCUAGAUCCUGAGUGUUCGUUUCGUGUUUGAAACGGACUGUAUAUAGAAUUCUUAUAAAGCUGUCUGAAUUCAG